AUGGCUCUCGAUUUGGGUGCUGUCCGAUCAGUUGAUUCGCUCACGUGCUGUGAUGAUCCUAUCGUAGACAAAUGCUGUGCUACAUUCGCAACAAUUCUCAGCGAGGUAGCGGAAAUCCGAAAAGAUGCAUCUGAAAAGUUCUUCCCUUCUCUGUUGCUCUAUGAAAACUGCGUUGCCGAGUCAGAUCCACUCGAUCAGUGUCGACCUAUUCGAUGCAUGACUGAGUUCUUUCCGGUCCUGCUGGACUUUUCACAGUUUUUAGCCAGAGUAGCUCUCUUGUUUCGCAAUCUGCUCUUCCAAAUUCGCUGCUUUCAUGGUCUAGAGAAAAAUGCGCUACCAGGUGCUUCUGAGCGCAAGCUUUUUCGAGCUUGGUCCGGUCUAGGAGAACUGCUUGCGAUCCUUCUCCAGACCGACAAAAUCAUUGAAAGUCGACCAUCCAUACGAAAUGACUGGAACAGCUAUUGUCGCGCUCUGGGCACCGCUCAGCACAAUCCGGCUCAAUUUGGUGUAGAUACCGAUGCCCUUCGCUCACUUAUCACUGCCAUUGCCACAGUUGAAGGACAAGUAAUGGCAGGCAACGGACUUCGUAACUGCUACGAACAAAGUUAUGGUGAAGUCGACGACGAUAAGCAGUUCGCAUCACGAAUGCGCUCUGUCAUUAUAGAAAUGUACAAUCAGUGGGAGAAAGCUGCUGAUGGGGACAUGCCUGACAAACAUCGACUUAUGGUGAUUAUAUCACUAUUUGUCUUCUUUUAUCUGCAUUUCCCCACAAAGGAUACUAAGCUGCCGAAGUUGAUGUGGAAAAGUCACAGAAAGAUAGUGGCAUUCCACCUUGUCGGAGACAUCCUCUGGAUUCCUUGCGAGUUUCUUAUGCGAGAAAUUCCUUCCAUAGUAAAUGCUGUAGAUAAGAAGAGCGUCAAGUUCAUUCAGCAUUUGCGAGAAACGUUUUAUGUUGAACAUUGUGAUGGUAUGCUCGAAGAAGCUGUCUCACACAUAGCUGCAGCCGAAGAUUGGCAAUUCAAGAUGGAGGGUGAAGUUCGACGUACUGAGACGCGUGAUGCAGCAACAAGUCUUUAUGUGGCCGAAAUGAUGCUCAAAGGUGCACGGACAGCUGGAGUUAUGGGAGAUUUGCUGAGAAAUGUACUUAACUCGCACUCAGGACCCAUACGAAUGUCCAAAGCCAAAGCCUACAAAAUCUUUAGCGUUCUUGAGACCAUGAAGGCAAUCUCCAAAACAUUCGACGACUGCCGUCGGGUUCUGAUCGAAUGCCGUCAAAUGGCUUGCCAACAAUGGCGUUGUCAUUCGCUCGAUCUCAUAGACCGUGCAAGGCUCAGUGCAAGGGAGUCCAAUGAUUCUCAUCGAGCUGCAGCAUUUCACAUAGCCAUUCAGUGCUUGCUGGGCUCUGAAUCACGGCUACGACUACUUGUUUGCGGUGUCGCACUGGAACUUGCGCAGUACAAGGAUGCUAUGCGUCGCAUCGACUCUUCUCAGCUCGAUGCGUUAUUGUCCAGGCUUCAUACUUUCUGCAGAAUGGAUUCCAUCAUUAACAGAGUGGCUGACUGCUCCUUCCUGAUCUUCCAUCAAGAUUUGAUAGACAUCUACUGGGACACAUUGCUAGAGCGGAUACCAUCAAGGCAAAGCAUAGAAUUCUUCACCAUGGCUGUUUCGGAUUGCAUUCGCUAUGCCGAAAAAUCUAGACGGGCCAAUCAGAUGGAACGUUUCCGAGAUGUUAUGGUGGACACGAUCAAAAAAGGAUUUCUCGUUCCCUUAUGUGCUGCGAUCGAAAACGACGUGCGUGUUCUAUCACAUCAGCAUCUGGUGGUGGAUGAAAGAGACAAAUCUCCUCAAGAAAAGUUAGAUUUCUACAAAAAGAUAAUGUCCGAGCCAGAGUUCCGACUACACGGCUACGUUUUGAAUGCAGCGGAUUUUGUCACUUGCAGUCUCCAAAAAUUAUUUUACGACCUGACCGCGGUGGCUCUACACGAUCGUCAUGCAUACAACAAAAUGGCAAUGCUUGCUAAGCAGCGUUACGGAUUGGAAUUGAUCGAUGGCGCAUUGCCAAACUGCUCAGUUGGCCAAAGCCUAGACGUGGUGAAAGUAAUCUGUUCACUUGGUGAUUUUGUUGUCAACUACAAUUAUUGUCUUAAUCAGCAGUUGUUCAUCGAGAAACUGUCACCGAAUCGUUCGCUGCGCGUGCUCACAUCUGAGCACAUGGCUGAUUCGAUGCGCACUCACGGAUUAGGUGUUCUGAACACCAGCGUGAAUAGAACAUAUCAGCUUCUCCGCAGCAAAUUUGCUGUUUUCAACCAGUUGUUGAAGGAUGAGCACAUUCAUGCACAGCUCCAAAAAGACAUCCGACAUUUUCACGAAAAUUUGGAAACUCUAAAGAAACUGUAUCCUCCAAAACGAGCUGAACAGUUCAACAGAGCUUUCUCGCAGCUGAAUGCCCAAGAGGGAGAGCCUACUUACAUGGAUCGCUUCAGGAUGCUAGUCACGCAGAUGGGUAAUGCUAUCGGAUUUGUUCGCUCAAUGUCAUCCGGAGCCUCUGCUGUUGCCAGCCAGAUGAAAGCCUAUGACACUUUUGAGGCGGAGAUCGUGGUUCCAGAAGACGAAGAAGACAGCCCUCUGAAGACUCUCAAGGAGUUACUCACCGACCUGCGCGAUCAAGCCAACAAGAAUCGCGAUUUUACAAAGAUGCUGGUCGAGGUAUUCCGGCAUGCUUUCUUGGACGACUCAAAGUUUGCUCAUCUGCUCAAUUUCUACGUAGCGGUGCCUGCGCUCACUGUGAAUUAUGUAGAUCAUAUGCUAGUAUGCAGAGAUCGUUUGAAAAAACGAGCACAACAUAACAAGGAAACUACAUUCACGGAUGACGGUUUUAUCAUGGGUCUUGCCUACAUACUCACAGUGCUGAAUCUCUGGCCUCAGUUCAGCUCUUUGAAUUGGUUCCGCUCCGUUUCUAAGAAAUGUGCCGCUGACUACGAAGCUCUAACCGAAGAGAUGAAGUCCAGCAAAGAUCCACGCAAUGUACACCUCAAAGCAGCUCGGUUACAAGCGUUUGAAAGAGAAUUCAAGCUACUAUCGUACACAUUCCAAUCUGCUCGGGUGUUUUUCUCAAUUGAUGAGGACACUGAAUAAUUUGAUACUUAAUCAACAGUUGUACAGACAUUUUUAAUAAACUAUCUAUAACCA